AUGGCGGCGCUGGUGAGAAGUGCAUCGUGCGCGCGCCGGGCUGCUGCUGCGCUUAGUCGGGUGGCUGCUGGUUUCUCUCUCAGGACUAAACUACAGAAACCUGGAUUAAAUCCUCACUCAUUACUAAUCCAUCAUCAUCACACACACAGAGGGUUAUUCACAACGCCCCAAAAUCAAGCGGAAAUGUCUGCUACAUCAUCCACAUCAUCAUCAUCUCUAUCUGAGACUAUGAGCCAGAGGAUGGUCUGGGUGGAUUUAGAGAUGACGGGACUGGAUAUAGAAAAGGACGAGAUCAUCGAAAUGGCGUGCAUCAUCACCGACUCGGAUCUCAACACCAUUGCUGAGGGCCCUAAUCUGAUCAUCAAACAGCCCGACGAGCUGCUCGACAGCAUGUCAGAUUGGUGCAAGGAGCAUCAUGGGAAGUCAGGGUUGACACAGGCGGUGCGGGACAGUAAGAUCUCACUGCAGCAGGCUGAGUACGAGUUCCUGUCCUUCAUCAGACAGCACACACCUCCUGGACAGUGUCCUCUCGCUGGAAACUCGGUGCAUGCAGAUAAGAGGUUUCUGGACAAGUACAUGCCCCAGUUCAUGCGUCACCUCCACUAUCGCAUCAUCGACGUAAGCACGGUCAAGGAGCUCUGCAGACGCUGGUUUCCGGAGAAGUACAAGCAGGUACCUCAGAAGAAAGCUUCACACAGAGCGCUGGGUGACAUCCAGGAGAGCAUCAAAGAGCUGAGGUUUUACAGAGCGAACAUCUUCAAAACUGAAGGAGAAGAGAGGAAGAGGAAGAUUGUUGAAAACGGAGAGAGCAAACACACAGCCUAAAAGACACCUGCUACUGCUCUGGCUUCGGAGAGUGACCUCGACUUGCAUGUCAUCUAGAGCCUUCUGUGUGUGUGUGUGUGUGUGUGAGAGAGAGAGAGAGAGUGUGAUUUCGUGUACUUUUUUUUAAGCACCUGCGCCUGGUUUAAUGCAUUCUUUUAUGUCUCAUCUUAUUGCUGCUAAAGAUAGGAGCAAAAUUCUCUUACAGGUUUGUUUAUGAAAUGUUCUCAGUUUGUUCGUCCUUCCGUCAUGUUGCUGUUUCGCUGUCGCACAAAUAAAAAAUGUGAACACAGA